AAGGAGAAGGAGAAGGAGGAGGAGGAGGAGGAGGAGGAGGAGGAGAAGGUGUCUUUGGCGGAAGCUGCGGCAAAGAUCAAUCUUCCACAUCUUACGGUUUACCUCGUCAAAAUAUCGGAGAUGUAUCCGAUGCUGCCAGAGUGGCAGCUAAUAAAAUUUGUCGACUACUUUGGGAUAGCCUUUUGCGAUGUCCCAUUUUCAUGGCCGGAGAUGUUCAACAAUCCUCCCUUGUUCAAGCUCAUCGAUGUGAUCGAUGUUCCUUUAUCUCAUAUUCCUGAAUCUGUCUACAAAAUAUCAGUCGAUUGGAUCCAACGUCAGAAGUUAAACACACUCUGUGGCUUUAUAUGGUGGGCGCUUAAUAAAAUUAACGGUUGUUUGACAGAACUUCGAGGAGGUCCACCUCAUACUUAUCGCAAAUCUCAGGUCAUUCUUUUCUGGAAAACCUUUGGUCUCGUCUCACAUCAAUUUUAUAGAUGUCUGAAUAUUGAAUUGUUACCUUUGUUUGACUAGCUCCAUUAUGAUCUGUUUGUUUUACGAUUAGGUGUCGUUAUUUGUUACCUCAGCGCGCGAUGGUAUUGCGUGGGAAACCAAGUGCUUUGGCUCGUGUAUUGCCGCCAAUGAGGUUCAAGUAUAGUAGGUACCGAGAACCAGACCUGCUUCCGGUUACAGUUUCGAUGAUAGCUCAGGCCUCCCGAGGUGAUUUAUUCAUGGCCUUGUUUACAUGGGCGGAUACCUUGUUACCAGCAGUCGAUACCAACCCUCACUCACGGAAUCUCAUCCUGCAGCUGGUUGAGAAUAUUUUGUCGCAACCAAAUGCUCGGACCAUACUUGUAGAGAGAGCUGUCUUUGAGGAUCAUGGAGUGAUUCCACCUUUUUCAUUUGAGAGCUUGCUGCGGCUUACCUUCCCUGACUCAUCCGCAAGAGUAAAGGCUACAGCAAGGUUUGAGGCAAUUUAUCCCUUGUUGAAGGAAUUGGCUCUUGCCGGUACACCAGGAGGCGAGGCUAUGAAAAAAGCCGCUCGACAGAUAUUCAUUUUUUCUUUGAGAUUAGCUGGGGGAGCAAAUCCUGUUUUAGCCAAGGAAGCUACAUCAAUCGCUAUCUGGGCUCUGACCGAAAACAUAGUUUGCUGCAAUCACUGGGACAAUCUCUACGAGAAUAAUCUAAAAGCUAGUGUUGCUCUUCUUAAAAAUCUUGUAGACGAAUGGAAGGAUCAUUCUCGCAAACUAUCAUCAUCACGGAGUAAUACUCUCACUCUCAAUCAAACUAUGAAGAGCUUCAGGCUAAAAAACGAAAAAGCUAUUAAUGAAGGAGGAGCCAAUGCUUCUCUUUACAAAGAAGCUGACGAGUCAUGCAAAGUGAUCUUGGGAAGACUUUCCUGGAAAAGUACAGCCAUUACUGCUUUGGUUCUAGCUGCUGUGGUUGUGGUUCUAGCUGCAGUUGUUCUAUCUUUCAAACCGAGGCUACAACCGUGCUGAAGAAGCUGCUGGACUCGUGGAUCUGCACCUAUACUUCAAUGCGAUCACCACAGCUUUGUAUAUAAUUAAGAGAGAAAAAUCAUUGUCCUUGCUUUUCUUUUGCUAGAAAUUUGUGAAUACAUUUGCUUAUUUUUUUUUAGGAAUCUGUGAAUAUACAUAUUUAUGUUUUUGAACAAAAAAACCGGCGGAUCAGGCGGCGAGUGGUGGCGUUGCUACCUUUGAUGACGAGAUACCGGCGAGGGAUAAGAAUCUCAAGGCGGAGGAAACUUAAAAGCUGAAGCGGCGGCAAAGAUCAGUCUUUCACAUCUUAAGGAAGUGUCUUUGGCCGAAGCUGCGGCAAAGAUCAAUCUUUCACAUUUUAAGGUUUCCCUCACCAAUAUAUCGGUCAGUGCAUGCGAUGUGUAAUUCGGCUCAAUCCGUUAAAAAAAUUACUUCUCAUUUAUUUAUUUUAUAUUAUAAUUAAUAUAGUUGAAAUAUAUAAAUAUUGUUUUUGAAUUGUUGUAUUUGUUACCUAAAUGUGUAGAAGUGUUAUAAUGUAAA